GAGAAUUACCCAAUAAAGAAUCUUAUGAUUCCGAUAAUAAUACAAGAAAUUCACUUUUCGACUGUGUAAAAUCAUGGUAUAAACCUAUUUACGUAGAUGCGCCAAAUCACGAAAAAUCUAAGUUACGUUAUUGCAAUGGUCAAUUAAGCAAAUCAAAAUUCAUCUUACUUCAUUUGGUGAUGAUAUCAUUAUUAUUCCCAAUUAUCUUGGCGCCAUUGAUUUAUUUUGUAAUCAUACCGGCAAUCCUAAGAUAUAAAGUAAAGAGACUUGAUUUAAACAAGAUAACAAUUGAUUAUAUUGACGUGAUAGAAUGGAAAUCCAAUGGAUUAAAAUUUUCUUGGAAGGCCGUUAUACCAAAACAAUUUUUUCUUUCAAUGCAAACUAAAUUAGCCUCUUUAAAUUUAGAGUUGCAUGAUGCAGAAUCAAUUAGUCUAUUGAAAAUUAGCGUACCAGAAAUGGAAAUUAAUAUUGGUAAACCUAUCGUACUUGAAUUUGAAGGAGAUGUUAUAUUUGAAGAAUUCGGAUUAAAAAAUUUAAUUGGAAAAGUUUCCCAACCUGGUGGCAUACAAGAAACUUCAAUUUCUGCUGUUACUCAAAUAACUGUACAAAUGUGGGGUAUCACUUGGUACAAGAACUUGGAUAUUAAACGAAUUAUUAAAAUACCUAAGUUGGAUGGAAAUUUAAUGUUACUUUGUAAUAACAUGCCUAAAUUCUUAUUAUCCAAAAAAAUGCAACAAGUGAUUGUGCCCAACGAUGCUGUCGAUGUUCAUAAACCCCUCGUAAUAGAUGGAAUUGUAUUCUGGCAAAUCCUUCCAGGGUUUCCACCAAUCAAUAUGAAAGCGUUGGACAUAGUGUUUACAGAUGCGGGACCAAAUAUUACAUUAAAGGUAUUGAUGGUGAAUCCAACGGUUUUUUCUGUACCUUUACCUGAUACAACCUUUGGCCUACAACUGGAAAAUUCAUAUUUAGCGACGGCAGAUGUUAACGGGUUUAAUUUAAUCCAAGGAUUAAAUGAUCUCGACUUAAAUUUACGACUCACUUUUGAUGAAAGUAGGAUCGUAAGUCCAGAUCAAUUAUGCAAUUCGAUAUCUGAAUCGAUAGGAAAAUUACUUAGAGUGGAUCAAUCAAAUGAAGGGUUACAAUUUAACAUCAUUGGACCAGUUGCACUUAAAGGUGUUGACAUUAUUCGAGACAUCACCGAAAAAUUAUCCCUAUUGUUACCGAUUAAUGAAAUUAUUGAAAAUACUAAUGUUAACCUAUUAAGAAAUCUAUUGGAUGUUAAAGGAAUCGAAAGUUUAUUACACAAGAUACAUUUGGAUAUUAAAGUACAAGGAGAUCAAAUAAUUAUUCCUGCUGUCAUCACCUUACCAAGCUUCCUUCCUUUACCGCCAAGUUUUGAAUUUAAAUAUAAUAUUUCAUUUGGAAUAUUUAAAGGAGAACAAAAUGCUCUCACGGUUGUUCUGAGUGAAAUUUCAAUGACGAAUGAUGAAACGUUAAGGGUUCAAACUACGACCACCUUAACACCAAAUAAUACUUUGGAAGCGGCCGAUGCUUUAGCUUCGAUAGUAAAUCCUUCAUUACUUGGAAACAUUUCAAGCGCUGAUAUAAAGAACUUUGAAAUUUUAAAAGAAACAGGAGAAACAUUCCCUUGGGUCGAUCGAUUACUUGGAAAACGUUUUCUUAAUAUUCCAAUUCCCGGAUUUAAUACGACCGCGAUAAUUAAUAAGAUCACUCAAAACGGAAAAAAUGUUCCAGCGAAAAUAAUUGAAAUGAACGUGACGCAACGAAGCGACGUAGCUGGAUUCGAUGUUAAUGGAACCUUUGCGAUUGAAUAUCCUCCAUCCCUUCCAAUCAUUACUAUUAGUAUUGGGUAUGUGAAAACAUCUAUAUAUAUCGAUGAUAAAUUGUUAACAACCGUCAAACUAUCUAAUGGAAUAGAAUACACCGCAGGAGAAAAUUCAUCAAAUAUUGUCGCUUCCGCUAUAUUUAAUAAAGACGAAAGAUUGAAAUCAACUAUUGCAGAUUUAGUUAUAGGUGUUCUAAGUAUGAAAGAUGAUAUUGAAAUGCAGUUCAUCAGUCUUAGUGGAAUUAAAUUAGGAUCAAGUGAAGUUCAAAAUUUUGUAACAUUUAGCAAAGUUGUGGUACCGAUUAAUUUAGCGACAUUAAGAUCGGCAAUUAAAACGACGAUAGAAACCAUCUCAAAAUCAAUCCAACAACAGACUGGAUUAUUAUCAUUAACGGGAGUUGAUUUUGCUGUCACAUCCUCAAAUUCUUUAUCAGUUAAUGUUCAGACGAAUCUUAAUAAUCCAACAAACAUAGCAGCUAAUAUCGGAUCAGUAUCAUUUGUAACUACAUUAUUUUAUGGUGAAUUGGCUAACAUAACAAUAUCGCCAAUUAAAUUCUCAUUAGAAAAAAGUCCAUUAAAUUUACAAAUGAAAAUUGAUAUUGUUAACGGUAAAAAUGGAAUGUCAGAUAAUAUUUUAAAAUUAUAUAAUGAUUUAAUCAGCACUGAAGGAAAUUUUAGAUCAAUCAUCGGAAUGAAAAGCUUAACGAUAUUUCCUCCUUCUAUGACUCAAAGAGAAAACGCUAAUGUUACUUUAUCCACCAUCGAUCAGUUUGCUACUGUACAUAUUACAAUUCCUCCUUCACUUAUUCCCGCCGAAAAAUUAAGAUCUAUUAAUUUAUUAGAAAUGAUUAAAAAUCCACAAAAUACUAUUAUCGAUAUUUCUGGGUUAUUGCCAAUAUCAGAAACAACAUUCGCGUUUCCAACUAUUUCAAGCAUUUCAAUCGAAACAAAAGAAAAUUCUCAAUUACAGGUUCAAUCAGCCUUCAAUUAUACUAAUCCAUUACCUAUUGGUGCCAGAAUUCCGUUUUUUGGGGCUACCAUCGUAUUGGAUGGAAAUAAUCUUGUUACAUUCGAAAUCAGCCAAAUUGAUUUUGUGAGAAAUGAAGGAACUAUGAAUGUUGUUUUAUUGAUGAGAUUUGAUGACGGCAAUAAAACAGCUGUGAAUGAAUUUAUUAAAAAUAUUUUAAAUGGAAAAAUCAAACAAAAAAUCGAAUUAGGUGAAAUUUAUUUUGGAGAGUCAAAUGAAGAAAACAAUGAUUUAUUAAGUUUACUUAAUCUUCCAUUACCAAAUGAUUUGAUUGAUGUUAAUUUGUAUAAGGAUAAACUAUUUGAAUUAUCACUGGUUAAAUUACCGAUUAAUUUGAACCAAUUGUUAUCUUUUUCACAAUUACAAUCUGUUGAUAUUACAACGUUAUCUGAUAGGAUAUUAUCAUUACAAAUCGGUGCUAAAUUAAAUAUUCCAUUUGAAAUUAAUGCUAAUAUCGAUUAUUUCGUUAUUAAUGGAAUUACGUUAGAUAACACACAAUUUACAUCCAUUGAAAUCUUUGAAAUUAAGAACCAAAGUGUCGGGAAAAAUGAUAUUUCACUUAGGAUUCAAUGCACAUUUAAUGAUAAGGAAUCAAUUCCACAAUCCGUUAAAAAGAUUUAUAACUCUUUAAUUAAUGGUGAAUUCAUUUCGACAGUAGGUGGCAUUAAUGGAAUUGCACUUGGGAUUUCAAAAGAAGAUUCUAUUCGUACAUUUGAACAAAUCUCUCUCUCAACAGAAAUUGGAACUUUAAUUACCGGACAAAUAAAUUUAAAUGGAAUAAUUGAUUCUAUUUCAAACAUUCUAAAUGAUAAUAAUUCAACAUUAAUAUCAGUGGAUCAAGGAUCAAUUUCAAUAAUCAUUUCAAAUUUAGUUCAAAUAGUUUUAAGUCAAUUGGAUAUCAAAUUUUUACCAGGGAAAAUAAUUGAAAUGAUAAUAACAACUUCAAUUAGUAUACCAUUUUCAUUAACGAUGAAUAUUGGGUGUGCCGGCUUUGGAAUCUUUUUGGACGAUCUACCAACUUUUGAUAUAUUAUUGGCUGUUAUGGGUAAAAAAAAUUCUGUUUCGAUCGCUACUUCGGUAAAAAUUAAUGAUUCCGAUGAAUUGGCCAAUAAACUUGGUGAAUUAACUCAAGAUUUCAUUAAUUCUCCUCCAAUGAAAGGAAAUUUUGCAAUUAGAAACCCUAUUAUCGGUAUAUCGAAUGACGACAAUAUUAAUGCCUUAUCGUUAAUUUCUUUAGAAUUACCUUUAGAAAGAUUAAUAACACCAAUAAUUAAGUAUAUACCAAAAUUUAUUGAUCCAAUUACUUUCAUAGAACAAUUUGGAUUUCAAUUGGAUGCAUUGGAAAUUUCAUCAACCGAUAAAAAUUCGAUGUUGGUAAAUGUUGGAGCAUCAUUUAAUAAUAAUUUUCCUAUUACGAUUGAACUUGGAUUUAUUGAAUUAUCAUUAGGAUUAGAUUUAAUCAAGAUCAUUGAUACAAAUUUAUCAUAUUUUUCAAUUGAUUCUGGUGCUAAUAAUAGACUUUCCAUUGUAUCAGAAUUAGUAUUUCAAGUAUUUGAUGAUCAAGUUCCGGAUAAAAUUGCUUCAUUUGUUAAUUCUCUACAACAAAAUAGAUUAGGAGAUACAAAUGAAUUAUUCAGUAUUAAUGGAUUCAAGAUCGGUGUCUCUCUUGAUGAUCAUAUUAAAGUUUUUGAAAAAGUAAUCGUAAAGAUUCCAACAUCCUCGAUUCUUAAUCAAAAAGUCGUCGAAAAAUUAUUAGGAAUGAUUGGACUUUCUUUAACGGAUUUAACAAUCGAGGGAAUGUUAAAUCGAUUAGAUAUUGAUAAUAUCGCAGUUGAUAUGAAUCCAGAUGGACAAGAAUUGGUUAUUAAUGGAGAUAUAGGGAUUAAAAAUAUUUCACUUCCACUAAACGUUGAUAUGAGAAUGCUUGAAUUAUCAGUUGCAUUAAAUGCUUCGUCAUUUACAAGAGUAAUAUUAACUGAUAUCAAAAUAAUUUCGUAUAAUAAUGUCAUUUCAACAAGCUUUACUGCUGCAUUAAUUAUCCAAGAUUCUGAUGAAUUACAAGAUGAAAUAGCGUCUUUAACCAAAUCAUUAAUUGAAGGAACUGAUGAUACCGCCAUUUCGGGAAAUGCAAAUAUCAAUGGACUAUUAUUUGGUAAUUCAAAUUCCGAUAGAGAUAUUAUAGAUAUUUUUCAUGGUACCGGACCUGUUAAACUUGCUUUGGAUGAUGUAACUGUUGGGAUUAAAAAUUCAAACACCUUAACCACCGAUGUUGUAGCUGACCUAACCGGGCUACCAGAUAUAACUUUUAAUAUCCCAUUUGCAAGUGUUGAUGUUGCAAUUGAUGAUGAAAUGUUUGUAUCAAAUAUUUUUAACGGAAUGAAAUUUAAAAGUGGAAGAUACACGACUUCAGUUGAAUCAAUAUUUCAAGAUAAUAAACAACUCGCCAAUAACUUAGCUGUUGUGGGAUCUGAUUUAAUAUUUAGAAGAUUAACUUAUACUAUAGUAAUGCAAGUUGGAAUAAGUAAUUUAAUAUUUGGACCUUCUUCACAAAAUUCUUUUGGAUUUACCAGAAAGAUCGCGGUAGGAAUGGACGUAGGAGAAUUCAUUAGUGAAUUCUCGGAAUUUAAUCAAAAGAAUAAUUUAAUAAUGAUUGAUAAUAUCCAAUCUCAAAUUACUCAACAAGGAAUAGACGUUUCAUUCACUACUCCUGCUAUUCCCAACUUACCGUUAAACGUCAAUAUUCCUUCACUACUCGCUCACGUAUUCUUUCAAGAUAUUCCUGGUGCUAUAACUAAAUCCCUUGGUAAAAUCAACGUGCAAAAAGGUCAAUCGAAAUGGGAAUUUGGACUUUUCCUUAUUAUUGAAAAUGGUCCAAUGUCUCAAGCUCUAGAGACGGCGGUUCCUAAUUUACUAAAAUUUAAAUCAUUUACCCAAGGUGCUUCUCUUGGUUCUGUAACCCUUUGCACUUCCAAAGACUGUCUAAAUCUUUCAGACGAUUCGUUUAAAAUAUUUAAUGAGAUAUCUUUCGCACCUCCUCCAUUAUUUUUAUGGAAUCCUAUCGCUGUAGAUUUAGUUAAAAUAGUUUCUACAAUUAUUCUUGAUGUUUCAUUUAAAAAUAUUGGUCCACUUCAUGUGGAUAUUGGUGAUUUUGUUUUAUCAUUAGAAAGUAAUGGUAUUUCAAUAUUUGAAAUAUUUUCCAAUCAAUCCGUUGUCAUUCAAAACAAUUUGGAAAAUUCUGGUCAAAAUAUUAUACCUAUAGAAGCAAAAUUGACUUUAAAUCCAGUAGAAAUUCCUAAAUUAUUAUUAGAUAUAGUUGAUUUUAAAAAAGAUUUAAUCAUCUCUUUAAGAGUGAGUAGAGAUGAAGAAGGGCAAAUCGAAUGGUUAAAUGAUUUAUUGAAGGAAUUGCCACAAACCGUUUGGAUGAAUUUCUUACCUAUUUUACGAGGAUUAUUAAAUAAUAUUAAAUUAGGCAUUGAUUUAACCAAUGAUAGAAAUGAGAAAGCUGAAGUUACAGUUCCUCCUCUUGAUACUGAGGAUGAUAUAGUUUCUGACGAUUCUUCUACACUUUCUCAACAAGAUAAUCCUUCUGAACAACCUGAAGACAAAAAACCUAGUGUAGGAAACAAAAUUAGCACAAAUCCAAUUGAAUCUAUUUCUUUAACUAAUGGAGAAGGCAAAAAGAGUAUAAUUAAACCCUUUCUUUCUUGGACCAUUAAAGCUUAA